GAACGUGUUAUUCGCUGUGGUGUACCACAAGGCUCUACUUUGGGGCCGUUAUUAUUUUUACUUUACGUAAAUGACCUCCCAACUUGCCUAUCUCAUUCAAUAGCUAGUAUGUUCGCUGACAAUACAAAUUUAACAACAUCUGGGAAGUCCAUAGAAGAUAUACAAAACCAGUUAAAUUCUGAUUUAGAAAAUAUUCAUACGUGGCUGUUAACCAACAAAUUGACUCUUAACAAAGAAAAAACAGAGUAUAUGAUAAUUAGCUCUCGGCAACGGUUAGCAAAAAUUGAUGACGAUCCGAAGAUAAGUCUUGACGGUAUUGAUAUAAAAAGAGUUAAACAAGCAAAAACAUUAGGUAUUGUCAUCGACGAAAAAUUACUAUGGAAAAAUCAAAUUGACGAAAUAACUACCAAAGUUUCUACAAUCCUGGACAAAAAUAGUGGCAAAAACUAG